AUGUCUGGUCGCCACGAGAAGGAGAAGGGCGUCAACGUUCAGGUUCUCCUUCGUUGCAGGCCCUUUAGUGAAGACGAGUUGCGGAGCAAUGCGCCGCAGGUUAUCACUUGCAACGAGUACAACAGAGAGGUAGCCGUGUCUCAGAACAUCGCCGGCAAGCACAUUGACAGAGUUUUCACUUUCGAUAAGGUUUUCGGUCCUUCUGCCCAGCAAAAAGAUCUUUAUGAACAAGCUAUCAUUCCAAUAGUAAAUGAAGUUCUAGAGGGCUUUAAUUGUACUAUAUUUGCAUAUGGUCAAACUGGUACUGGGAAAACAUACACAAUGGAAGGUGAAUCUAAAAGGACAAGGAGUGGGCACAAUGGACAGUUGCCUACAGAAGCAGGAGUCAUACCAAGGGCUAUUAAGCAGAUUUUUGAUACUCUUGAGAACCAGAAUGCUGAGUAUAGUGUGAAAGUCACUUUCUUAGAAUUGUAUAACGAGGAGAUUACUGAUUUGCUUGCCCCAGAGGAAAUUUCUAAAGUUGCUUUGGAGGAGAAGCAAAAGAAGCAGCUACCUCUUAUGGAGGAUGGUAAAGGUGGUGUUCUUGUAAGAGGUUUGGAGGAAGAGAUUGUGACAUGUGCAAGUGAAAUUUUUACUCUUCUGGAGAGAGGGUCUUCCAAACGGCGUACUGCAGAAACUUUAUUGAACAAGCAAUCAAGUCGGUCACAUUCUUUGUUUUCCAUUACAAUUCACAUCAAGGAAGCAACCCCUGAAGGUGAAGAACUUAUAAAAUGUGGCAAACUGAAUUUAGUGGAUCUAGCAGGCUCAGAAAAUAUUUCUCGGUCUGGUGCUAGAGAGGGUCGUGCAAGAGAAGCUGGAGAAAUUAACAAAAGUUUGCUUACUUUAGGGCGAGUGAUCAGUGCACUUGUGGAGCACCUUGGUCAUGUCCCUUACAGGGAUAGCAAGUUGACACGUUUACUGCGUGAUUCACUUGGCGGAAGAACAAAGACAUGCAUCAUAGCAACCGUUUCUCCUGCUGUUCAUUGCUUAGAGGAGACCUUGAGCACAUUGGAUUAUGCACACAGGGCAAAGAACAUAAAAAAUAAGCCCGAGGUUAACCAAAAAAUGAUGAAAUCAACACUUAUCAAGGAUCUUUAUGGUGAAAUUGAACGCCUUAAGGGAGAGGUUUACGCUGCACGAGAGAAAAAUGGCAUCUAUAUACCAAAGGACAGAUACAUUCAGGAGGAGAAUGAAAAGAAGGCCAUGGCAGAUCAGAUUGAGCUGAUGGAGAUUGCACUAGAAACUCAUCAUAAGCAACUUGAGGAUUUGCAAAGUAAAUACACUGACCAAGUUCGGCAGUGCUCAGAUUUAAGCGCAAAACUCGAUGCCACUGAGCAAAACUUGAACGAGACCAGUAAAUUGCUUUUCAACACAGAAGAAGAAUUAAAGAAAUGUCGGUAUACCUUGAAAGAGAAAGAUUUUAUCAUUUCUGAGCAGAGAAAAGCAGAAAAUGAUCUGACUCAUCAAGCAUGCAUUUUACGUGCUGAUUUGGAGAAAGCUCUUCAGGAUAAUGCUUCAUUGUUUUCGAAAAUUGGUAGAGAAGAUAAAUUGAACUCAGACAACAGAGCUGUGGUGAAUAAUUUUCAAAUGGAGCUCGCCCAGCAAGUUGGUUCUCUUUGUAACACGGUGGCAACUUCAUUGUCUCAACAGAACGAACACCUUGAAUGCGUGGAGAAUCUCUGCCAUUCAUUUUUGGGCAUUCAUGAUAAGGCAGUUGUUGAUUUGAAAAGCAAAGUUACAGCUCUGAGGGCUUUGUACAUAUCUCAUAUUGAGGCAGUGCAAAAUGUUGUGCGUUUGCAUAAGGCGGGCUCUGAUGCUACCUUUGAGGAAAUAUCGUCUCUUAUAUCCUACAAUGGUCACUCAGUUGAAGAAUUUCUUGCAUCUGAGGCCACCGAAGCAGGUUCAGUAUUUGAUGAUCUUCAGAGUUCUCUUUCAACUCAGCAGGCUGAAUUAGCACUUUUUGCAAGGGAACUACGCCAUAGAUUUAAUGUCAGUGCUGAACAACUGAAGGAUAUAUCGGAGUACACUCAUGAAUUCGUGGAAAAACUUUUGGAAGAAGAAAAAAGGCUUGAAAACUUUGCAUCAGAGGCUGAUGAAAUACAAACUAAGAGCAUCAGAGAGUUUAAAAAAGCUUAUGAGGAGCAGUCAAGAUCUGAUACAGAGAAACUUAUUGCUGAUAUGACUAGUUUAGUAUCAAAUCACAUUCGUCGUCAAAUGGAUCUGGUAGAUGCAAAGCUUGUUGAUCUUAGAGAAAAUGGCCUUGCCAGUAAGUUGUUUUUGGAUGGACAUGUGUCAUCAGUGGGAGAUAUUGUGAGUCAAGCAAAAGGGAAAUGGCAGGCCUUUUGCAUGCUUGCAGAAAAAGAAGCCGGAGAUACUGCUGAUUUUUCUGCUGCAAAACAUUGUCAGAUGGAGGUACUCCUGCAGCAAAGUUUCAAUACCGCCGAAUCAGCUAUCAAACACACGAAGAGGACACACGAGGCUGUAAAUGAGAUUGGGGCCAAACAUAUUUCUGCAGCAGUUUCACUUAUCAGGAAUGCUUCUGAUAGCAAUGUGCAACACGACAUCGAAAUCAAUUCUGCUCGGGUUGCAGCAGAGGAAGAUGCGGCAAAGAACAGCGAGGAUGUCCUUCAUCAGCUUAAUGACAUGUCUGAGCAGGAGCGAGAAUCCAUAUCUGGCGUGUUGAAUGUUGUCAAAACUCAUGCAAAUACACUUGAAACUUUCAGAGAGUAUCAUUCUGGCCAAGCUACUUCCAUCGAAGAAAAAGCACGUGAAAUUUUUCAGCAACAGUAUAGGGACUAUGAACCAAGUGGGACAACCCCAAUAAGAUGUGAGCCAGAUGUUCCAAGUAAAGGGACAAUAGAGUCUCUUAAAUCCUUGCCAAUGGAAACCCUUCUUGGGGAAUUCCGGGAGAACAAUUCAUUUGAAUCUUUUGAUAUAAAGGAGUUGAAACCAUCACUGAUACCUCGUUCUCCCUUCAGCCAAGUAAAUUAAGGAUGGUGAUGGUGACUUAGCAUGCUCACUUUGUCCUUUACGGUAUCAAAAUUUGUAUUUUGUAACAUUGUUUUUAUUACAAUUGUACCAUUCAUUAUUGGUUAUAAGCAGGCAUCGUCGAGUGGUAUAAUUUA